UUUUUCUAUAACAAUGUGGAUUCAUUUAAAUCAUGGGGAUGAUGGUUUGAAAAAGUUCCUACGAAGAGUUGUUGAACUGUGCGAGUCUCUAGUCAUUGAACCUCAACCGUGGAAAUGUUAUAGAACAGCUUUUCUUUGUACUUUGUGCGAGGAUCGCUGUGUCUUCGCACUACAAGUUCAUAAAGAACUGACGGAUUUAAUUUUUUAUUAUAAUGGAAGGUGGGCCAAAUAUACAGGAACAAAACGUGAACGAUUUGAGUAGAGUCGAUGAAACGUGCUGUGAAAAAUGCCGAUAUUCGUGUUGUCACCCUAAUGGGGGGUUUCAUAGGUUUAUAGCUUUAAUUUUUAUGUGUACCUUAGGCAUUGGUUCGUAUUUUUGCUAUGACAACCCAGGCGCGCUACAGGAACAUAUGAAACAGGAUUUAAACAUAACAGAGACGCAAUUCACUAUGCUUUAUUCCAUAUACUCCUGGCCCAACGUAAUAUUGUGUUUCAUUGGAGGAUUCUUAAUUGACAGAGUUUUUGGAAUUCGUUUAGGCACGUGCAUUUAUAUGGGCCUCACACUUCUCGGACAAAUCGUGUUCGGGCUGGGAGCUUUCUGGAAUACAUACUUGCUAAUGAUAUUGGGAAGAUUAAUUUUUGGAAUUGGUGCGGAAUCGUUGGCAGUGGGACAGAAUAACUAUGCCGUCUUAUGGUUCAAAGGCAAGGAGCUAAAUAUGGUUUUCGGAAUCCAAAUGAGUGUCGUCCGAGUUGGGAGCGCUGUCGGGUUUGAAGUCAUGGGAUACAUAUACGACUGGGUUCAUGAAACCGUUAGCGGGCCUCCGGUCUUGGGAUAUGCUUUACUUAUAGCUGGCUUAACCUGCGUUUUUUCAAUGAUUUCCACAAUAAUUUUGGGUUUGAUGGACAAAAGGGCUGAAAAGAUAUUGAGGAGAGCCGAAACGGCGAGCAAUGAAGUAGUUAGGUUGUCUGACGUUGCCAAUUUUACGGGUCAGUUUUGGGUCGUAGCAGCCAUUUGCGUUACAUAUUAUAUUACAAUAUUUCCGUUCAUUAGUGUUGGAGAAGAAUUUUUCAUUAAGAAAUUUAAUAUGGAUGAUGACGAAGCCAACAAGAUAAACAGUUUGGUAUACUGGAUAGCCAGUGUAAUAUCUCCACUUACGGGAUUUUUAAUAGACAAAACUGGUCGCAAUGUAGCGUGGACAUUCGUGGCGAUAUUAUGGACCAUAAUGGCUCAUGUUUUGCUUGGAUUCUCUUCGAUUAACGCUUAUAUAGGGGUGAUUUUAAUGGGCCUUGGUUACUCAACUCUUGCUAGUAGUUUGUGGCCUUUAGUGGCAUUGAUCGUACCGGAAUAUCAGCUGGGAACGGCAUAUGGCAUUUGCCAAUCAAUUCAGAAUCUCGGCUUGGCAGUUGCAUCAAUUAUCGUAGGGCAGAUAGUCGAUAAAUAUGGUUACACUGCUUUGGAAGUAUUUUUUACAUCCAGCUUAAUAUUGGCGUUUUUGUUCACCUUGAUUCUGUGGAUUUUGGACAAGGAGAGAAAAGGCAACCUCAACUUGACACCUGCCGGUAGAAAGGUCCUCCACGAGAGACAGAUGUUGAAUGAGAAUCUAGACAGAGAGAGGCUGUUAGAUAACGAAGAACAACACGGGCCAGAAGAAUCAGGUGAAUUGUUUCGUUCGACCUCUGAUACUCAUUUGCGCAAUAAAUAUUUGAGUAAAAUCGGAGCAGAAGUGAAUUCGAAAUAAUUCUGUAGUUGGUGCUUAAUUCCAUAUUGGUCCAUAUCGAAUUGCGCCGACAGCAUAGCUUUUCGAUUAGGUAAAUGACGUUGUAAUUUUUAUUUUCAGCUACCGCUCAGUUACACUGAUGAUAGAAAUUGUUAGGUUUCCCAAAUUGCAGAAUCUUAGGAAAAUUCAUUAUUAUAUAGUGGACCACUAAAAUUUGUGAUAAACUACUGACUGUAACGUCACAGAUUGUUUUACAAUUCCAUUUUUGUGUUAUUAACAAAACUUGAUGCUUGUUUCAAUUUAAUUGGUUAAUUGAUAAUGAAUUAAUUAAACAAUUGGUAUUUAAUAGUUUUUUUGUUUAUUUGGAAGAAGUGAUAUUUAAAAUAUUUUUAUGUAAAGUUGGUUAGUAAAUUCGCGAUCGCUUUUUUUGAGAGGUGAAAACCAGAAGUUUUGUUUUCGAGCUACAUUGAUAACAAAAAUGAUGUGACAUAAAAGGUACUUGAUUCGUUUUCCGAAAAGGGGUUAAAAAAUGUCAUAAAUUUGGAUUUGUGCAAUAAGCAACUUGAAUCAAAGGUAUGUUAUUGUUAAAGCAGAUCGGGUGUAGUUUCACAAAUCAACUAAAUUAAAAAAAAAUGUAGGCUCUUCGUUUUAACGAUGCAAAUCUCGGACAUAAUUUCUCAUUAAAUAGACUCUUUGUCUUCUAUAAUUUUUAAGACAAUUUUUUUUUUUUUUGGAGUAUGAAGUUAUUUUUUGGUUGUGUCAACUUACAAGAGUCGACACUACCAAAAAAUAAGUCACAAAAAUUGGAUAUAGUAUAGUUUGGGCAAUCAGAUAAUAAUAAAUAAGUAAAGUAAGUUCUUCUAACCACCUCAUGUUUGUAGACGCGUGUCGCUUGCUUUCUUAAUCUUUUGAAAAUCGGAAAAACCUAAAUAUUGUGUCCGAAGUGCUCAGGGAUGUCCGAAUUUACCCCUCUCUAAUGUAAAUGUUUUGCGUUCCACCAAAUUUACUGAAAGAGCGAUAAUUGAUACCGACUAGGGGUUAAAUUUGGUAAUAUAUUUUAGUUCAGAAAAUGUUUUAAAAAAGUGUAAUUAAUGUUAAAUAUUAGAGAUAAGGAGACACUGUAUGCAUAUAUUGUAAGACCAUAUUUUUAAAACAAGUAACA